AUGAGCGCGCAAACGCUGUCGCCACCACAAGGAAAAGCACACCCACCGUUAUGCCCGACCGACAGCGAGGCGCUCGUGCCAAAUAGGGGAGAGGAUCAGAAAAGUAACCCAAAGAAAGCCAAGCUGGACAAGAAGAGCCCGGAAUAUGUGCUGAAGAGCGGACUGGCAGGAGGAAUAGCCGGAUGCGCGGCCAAAACCGUUGUUGGACCCCUCGAUCGCGUGAAAAUCCUCUUCCAGACCUCCAACCCGAACUUUGCAAAAUAUACCGGAUCAUGGACGGGCCUUCCGACAGCUAUACGGGACAUUUACGCGCAGGCUGGAAUGAGCGGUCUCUUCAGAGGCCAUUCGGCGACAUUACUGAGGAUAUUUCCAUACGCCGGCAUCAAGUUCCUCGCAUACGAACAGAUCCGCGCCCGUGUGAUUCCCAGCAAAGCUCAUGAAACUUCCACUCGAAGAUUUCUAAGCGGAUCCGCCGCUGGAAUAGUAUCCGUAUUUUUCACAUAUCCUCUAGAGGUCAUUCGAGUGCGGUUAGCCUUCGAGACCAGACAGCAAUCACAACACACACUGCGUAGCAUUUGCCGGAAAAUAUACAACGAACACCCGCCUGCUACUUCACACCACGCUUCCAACGUCAUAUCCGAGACCGCCGCGACUGUAGUCCAGAAAGCCACGCCCUCCUACGGGCUGGCGAAUUUCUACCGCGGAUUCUCUCCCACCCUCUUGGGCAUGAUCCCGUACGCCGGAGCCAGCUUCCUCGCACACGACACCAUGUCCGACUUCCUGCGGCGUCCUGCUUUCGCGGAAUUUACCACACUCCCUCACACCGAGCGCUCGGAAUCGUCGACAUCUUCGCAUAAGCCGGCCCAGCUCCGCGUCUGGGCCGAACUCAGCAGUGGCGGUUUCGCCGGCUUCGUAUCGCAGACUGUUUCGUAUCCCUUGGAAGUUAUUAGACGGCGUAUGCAGGUGGGCGGCGUAGUGGGCGACGGACGUCGUCUCGGCAUAGCGGAAGUCGCGAAGAGGAUACUCAUCGAGAAGGGGUGGAGGGGCUUCUUCGUCGGGCUGACUAUUGGCUAUAUGAAGGUCAUGCCGAUGGCGGCGACUGCCUUUUUCACCUACGAGAGGGGUAAAUAUUAUCUGGGAAUAUGA